UCUCCUCCAUUCAUCUUUUUUCUAGUCUCAUACUUUUUUCUUCUUCUUCUUAUACUUUGUAAUCAUUCAUCGUUUUUGCACGAAGUUUCAAUAACCUCGUGACCACAUAGAAACAAGAAUCACAUAUACUAGGAAAGUAGCUGUAUAUACAUAUAUGGCCGUUGACCUGUCUCAGAAGUUGACUUGAACAUAAAGAAGGAAAAGUCGUGAUAAGGGUGUUGUCCUAUUCUCAUGAUUUUUCUAGAUGAAAAAGUCAAGUCCACCAAAGCUUAGUUCUAUCAGUUCAAGCCAUUCAGUUUUGGUUUUCUUUCUUAGAACUGCAGAAUUCUCAUUAGUUUGUGCCUCCUUAAAACUAUAAAAUCCCAGAUAAGGAUUUUCCUGGUAAUAUUUGAAAUAUAUGUUGCAUUUCAUGGGUCUCCCACAUGUACUUGCUCUGCAUAUUCUUCGGUACUUAUUAUUGGUAGCAUUGGUAUCUUCUUCUGGACCUGAAACUGGCUGGAAAACUUUGCAAGGAUCUCCCCCACUGGUGAUAGCACGUGGUGGGUUUUCAGGGCUAUUUCCAGAUUCAAGUUUACCUUCCUAUAGUUUGGCACUAAACACUAGUGGCCCAAAUAUCACUCUAUGGUGUGAUGUGCAGCUGACAAAGGAUGGAGUUGGGAUUUGUUUUCCAGAGCUCAAGCUGGACAAUGCCACUGACAUUUCCAUUGCUUACCCAGGAAAAGCAAAUGAUUACUCAGUUAAUGGGGUUCCAACCCGGGGAUGGUUUUCUGUAGAUUACAACUUCAAGCAACUAGCAAAUGUGUCUCUUGUUCAGGGAGUGUAUUCUAGAACUAAUAAAUUUGAUGGAUGUAACUAUCACAUUCUCAGUGUUGAAGAUGUAGUCAAAUUAGUAAAAUCACCAUCAACAGGGUUGUGGUUAAAUGUUCAGCAUGAUACAUUCUUCAAGCAGCAGAAUUUGAGUGUAGAAAGUUUUCUACACUCUCUCUCAACUAAACCAGUAUCUAUCAAUUACAUCUCAUCACCUGAUGUGGAUUUCUUGAGAAGGGUAAGAUCAAACUUCGGUUCUAAAACAACAGGCCAGAUUUUCAGGUUUCUAGAGCAGGAUAAGAUUGAACCUGCAACCAAUCAGACUUAUGGCGCACUGUUGAAAAACCUCACGUUUAUCAGAACUUUUGCUUCUGGAAUUCUUGUUCCCAAGGGUUAUAUAUGGCCUGUAGACUCAGAACUUUAUCUGCAACCACAUACCUCUCUUGUCUCAGAUGCUCAUGAAGAAGGGCUUCAAGUUUUUGUAUCAGGCCUUGUUAAUGAUGUUCCAUUUAGCUACAAUUUCAGUAAUGAUCCUCUGGCUGAGUGCCUGUCUUUCAUUGACAGUGGUACCUUCUCCGUUGAUGGCAUGCUCUCUGAUUUCCCAGUAACUCCCUCUGCAGCCAUAAAUUGCUUUUCAGGAUUAGGAGAAAAUGCCAAAAAACAAGUGGAGUCUUUGGUCAUCACAAAAUAUGGAGCAAGUGGAGAUUAUCCUGCUUGUACUGACCUUGCCUAUAAGAAAGCAAAACUAGAUGGAGCAGAUGUACUUGACUGUCCUGUUCAAAUGUCAAGUGAUGGAAUACCAUUUUGCUCAAGUUCUAUAGAUCUUUUAGAGAGCACAACAGUUGCUGAUACCAAAUUCAAAAGCCGGGUAACUACUAUUCCGGAGAUCAAAUAUGGCAGUGGCAUAUAUACAUUUAGCUUGACAUGGAAUGAGAUAAAAACAUUGACUCCCUCAAUAUUGAACCCUUAUGAGAAGUACUUGUUGUAUCGGAAUCCGAAAUUAAAAAACCAAGGGAAAUUUUUAACAUUGUCUGAUUUUUUGUCAUUGGGUAAAGACUCUGGCAUCUUGAUCAGCAUAGAGAAUGCUGCUUACCUUGCAGAGAAGCGGGGUUUAAGCGUGACAAAUGCAAUCCUUGAUGCUUUAACGAAAGCAGGUUAUGAUAAACCAGGAUCCCGUAAAGUUAUGAUUCAAUCAACUCAUAGCUCUGUACUGAAGAUAUUCAAGGACAAAUCCAAAUACGAAAGGGUUUACAAAGUUGAUAAGAAUAUUCGUGAUGCAGUUGACUCGGCUAUUGAGGACAUCAAAACAUUUGCUGAUUCUGUGGUGGUAGGAAAGGCAUCUGUUUUUCCUCAAACUUCAGCCUUUCUAGUUAACUCUACAAACACUGUGGCAAGGCUACAAUCAUUUAACCUCCCAGUUUAUGUAGAAACCUUCAGCAAUGAGUUUGUAUCUCAAGCAUGGGACUACUACUCAGAUGCAUUUGUUGAGAUAAAUUCAUUUGUCAUAGGAGCCAAGGUCAAUGGAAUUAUUACUGACUUCCCUAAAACAGCUGAUAGAUACAGGAAGAACAGGUGUUUAAAGCAUGGCUAUAAAGCACCUUAUAUGAGCCCUGUUGAGCCUGGAAAACUUUUAAAACAAGUUACUAAGUCCUACCUUCCCCCACCAGCCCCUCCGCUCCCAGUCUUGAAUGAUAGCAAUGUGACUGAGGCACCUUUACCUGGUGUUUCUGGAAAAAUUCCAAUUCCCAGUGCUGCUCCUGGAAUAGCACCAGCUCCAGCCCCUAUCACAGCAUAAAGAGUAUACAGGAAACGAAGUGUAGCAUCCAUACACAUCAUUGCCUUGUGAGCUCCAUGGUUGGAAAUCGAAUUACGUAUGUGUUUGGAUACUAGAAUUUAAGAUGGCAAUGCAGUAUUUUAUAGCAUUUGAAAGUUCAUAGCAUUUUUAUUAGGUGUUAUACCAUUCAAAUUGGCGAAUUCAAAAUACCCUCAAAGAGGUAGAAUUUGUGAAACCUCUCCUGGAUUGUUCUUCUUAGAAGCAUACUUCUCCAUUCUUUAUAUAAUUUGAAUUUCUCUCCUUAAA